AUGCUAUCAAAAAUAAAAUUAUCUUAUUAUGAUCCAGAAUUACUAACAAAUUUAAUCCAAUAUGUUAAUAAUUCAAUUAAACUGCAAACAUCACCAAUACAACUAUAUAGGAAAUAUUUAAAUAUUGCACGAAUCACAAGCGAUCUUAUACUUAUCGCAUUAAGGUUUUUAAUUGAACAAGCUAAACAAAUAGCUGAUCGUAAACAUGAAGAAUUAAAUGAAUGGAAAAAAAUAUAUAAAAAAACAAUUUUUAUCAAGUAA